AUGCUUUGUCAGUGCUUUUGGCGGUACUGCUUUUUGCUCACACUCGGUGUGACACAAAUUAGGACGCUGCAGGCGGCGUAUGAUAUUGAGAAUAAAUCAGUAAAUAACAGAGAAAAUAAAGAAUAUGGGCUGCAUAAAAUAGACCAAAUAGACGCGUCAAAAUGGGCAUAUGUUCCUAAAGAUGACACAUUAGACAUUAUUUUGGAGAACACAUUAGGGGAUGUAUUAGGAGCAACAAAUUUAUAUACGGAAAAUAGUGAAAAUGAAAACAGUGCAUUAGUAGAAUUGAAUCCAGAAACGUUUAGUUCAGCGCUUUCUCGUGGUUUUUGGUUAAUUUUAUUCUUUUCACCGUCAUGUUCUUAUUGUGCGAGUCUUAAGCCUUUUUGGGAAUCAGCAGCAAAAUCUGCUUUAAUUUAUUCGGCUUCAUAUGACUUUCAUUUUGGGGAGGUGAAUUGUUUAUCAUAUAGAUCAUUUUGCAAAGACUUAAAUGUCGCUUACGUUCCGAAGCUCGUAUUUUAUAAGCGCGGUAAACAGGAUGAAGAGCUACUUCUUGAAACAAUAUCAGUAUCUGCUGUAGAUCAAAUUCUUGCUUUUAUUUAUUCAAAACUUGAAAAAGAGCAGCAGACAACGUCACCUGAUACUCCAAAACAAGACAUUGAUUUAGCACAUUCACGCACAUUAGUGAACGAAUAUGGAAAAUCGGUGACUAUUACAUUACAUAAUUUCACGUCUUUGGUACUUAGUGGACAUCACGGAUGGCUUAUUCGGUUUUUUGUGCCUUCAUGUCCAUAUUGUGCUCGUAUGCUUGGUGACUGGAAACGCCUAGCCAUGUCUUUGCGAAGAAGAAUGAAUGUCGGAGACGUCAAUUGUGAUGAAGAAAGAGAACUUUGUACUAAAUUGAAUAUUAGCGCUGUUCCCGCUUUAUUCUACUAUAGAGGUCUUUAUAGCUUUCAAUACAAAGGUCCUAAGAAGUAUUAUAAUCUUAGGUUGUUCUCUUUGAAAGUAUUAUUGUCAAACAUAGUAAACGUCAAUGAUUCCAAAACAUUUAAUAAAUAUUAUGCAAAAUAUCUUGUCUUUUUUAUAUACUUUUGUCCUCAUGAAGACUAUUAUGAUAAUGAUAUGCUUCAUUGGUUCUCCAUAGUAUUGAUUGGAAAAGCACCAUUACUUAAGAUCUCAAAUUUUUCUAUAUUUAAAGGCCUCUCUUUAAACAAUCAAUAUUCUUCUCUUGUAGCCAUUCGCGAUCAUCAAGUAAUACGUUAUCCUGCUCAAGACUCGGGAAGUAUGCGAGACAAAGAAGCUCUUCUUGAAUGGAUGCGAGAUAUUUGGUUACCUGUUUUUCCAGAAUUAACAGUUAUCAAUAUUGAUGAAAUAACGAAAAAACAUAUUGUUGUUUUAGUUGUAUUUUAUCAAUCUGGAGAGUCAAAGCAGAAAACAAAUCUAAUUAAAAGCAUUUUGCGUGAAUGGCAAUCUAAACAUUCUAAAACUGUAAAAAACUCUGAAAAUAAUGCAUAUUUAAAUUCAAUACAAUUUGCUUGGGUAAAUGGUAUAACUUGGAAAAAAUGGCUAUAUAAAAAAUUCAGACUAAGAAAAACCGAUGAUGAAGCAAAAGUUAUUUUUUAUAAACCAAUGGAAAAACGAUAUUGGAGUAAACAUUCGAAUAAUUCUUAUAUUAAAUUAAAUAAAAGAUCUGUUUUGGAUUUUCUCGAAAUUGUAUCAAAAUACACAGGAAAGGGCACGCCUGAUGCUACUGGAAAAGAAAGAGAUCGUUUUAAGAAAAAACGUUACUAUAUUGCUAUUACUAUUUAUGUGAUUACAGUUAUAAUUUUGGUUGUAUGUUUGGUUCUUGUUUUGAAAAAGAUAAAACAAUGGAAGCGGAAAAAAACUACGGUUGAUAAUAAGUUUUUGGUAAGCAGAUUUGAUUAA